AUGGCAAGAACCAAGCAAACCGCCCGUAAGUCCACUGGUGGUAAAGCCCCGAGGAAGCAGCUGGCUACCAAGGCUGCUCGUAAGAGCGCCCCGGCUACCGGCGGUGUGAAGAAGCCUCACCGUUACAGGCCUGGCACUGUGGCUCUGAGGGAGAUUCGCCGAUAUCAGAAGUCCACAGAGUUACUAAUCCGCAAGCUUCCCUUCCAACGCCUGGUGCGUGAGAUCGCUCAGGACUUCAAGACUGAUCUCCGCUUCCAGAGCUCUGCCGUCAUGGCCCUGCAGGAGGCUAGUGAGGCGUACUUGGUGGGUCUGUUCGAGGACACGAACCUGUGCGCCAUCCACGCCAAGCGUGUCACCAUCAUGCCCAAGGACAUCCAGUUGGCCCGCCGUAUUCGCGGAGAGCACGCUUAA